UUUAUGCACGCUUUAAAUAUCCUUUAUAUGCUCUCUCCAACUCUACUUAUAUCAAUCAAUCUCAUAAUUGGAGAGAGAGAGAAAAAAAAAACAGAAGAAAGUUUUGGUCAGGGAAGAAUAACCCACACUCACUCACUUCACUUUCUAGCAAGGGAGAAAGUGAACCUCUAGUUUUCUCAUAGUGUAAGUGGAGAAAGCUCAAACACACAACAACAUACUAUUGAUGUUGUUCUUCAUGAUGAUCAUGAGAGAGAAAGGAUCAGCAAAAACAAAAAGAGAUCAACAGUAACAAAAUAGGUUGUUCUUGCAUAUUUUCCUACUGCUCACUGCCCCUCUUUCUCUGCCCUUUUUCUGAACCAUUCAGAUUUCAGAACCCCAUUUUCCCUUUCUCUCUCUUCAAUCAACCCUUCUCUUUCUUUAAACACCAGAGUUAGUGACAUUAGCACAACACAGAAAAACCAGAACCAGACACGCACACAAGUGCUGAAACCUCUCACUGCUUCCAUUACACUUCUGAAAUGCUUAUACUUUCCCCUUCUGUAACACUUGCAGAGACCCCACCUUCAACUAAUACCCCCCACAUACAUAGAUUUUCCUUCCAAAACCCUCAGAAGAUCUAACAACCUUUUCUUAAGUCAGACAAUCAUAACCACCUUGUUACUACUCAUCGCACAAAUAAACUCAUACAUGCGUUCUUCUUAUAGUUGUUCUUAGUUAUUUUGUAUGACACAACAAAGCAUAUCUAACUGAUGCAGAAUUGUUACACUGAUCUCAUCUGAUUCGAACAGGAUUGUCGAUAAAAGAAGCAACUUUCAUCUGUGGCUAAUCCUACAAGGAGGUUACACCGUUCGAACAAAGUUGUCUGAGAAAAGAAAAUACACUUUCAAUGGUGAAUACUGCUAGGAUUUUAUUCUGAUCUACCUGAUUCGAACAGAAUUCUAAAAAACACAGCUUCAGUUGUGGCUACUACAAGGAGGUUCCCUUCGGAUUCCGGUGCCUUUGUCGACUGGUCAGCGACGCCUUCCGCCGUCUCGGGCCGCGGCGACGACCUCUCUCUCGGCUUCAAUGCAACCUCCGCCGCCGCGCACGGCGGCGCAUCCAUGUGGCCCGGGGCGUCGAGGUCAUUCAACCACAACCUUUCACCCCACCACGACAUCUUCGUGGUGGCGCCCGCGUCGUCGUUCCAUCACCACCACCACAGUGACGCUGUUUUGUCCGAUCCAAACAACAACAGUUCCAACGCAACUGCACUCGGCGUCAACGUCUUCCCUCUCCUCACCGCCACGCCAUGCCUCACUCCCGAGAGCGAGGGCAUAAUGGGAAACAUCAAUAACCACCGCAACAGAAUUCAACUAUGGCAACCACAGGAAUCACCACAGCACCAACACGCCGACGGCGUCUUGGCGGGUAACCACCGUAGCAGAAUUCAGUUAUGGCAAGAACACGACGAGUCUCCCCCGCCGCAGCAGCAGCAACAACAACACCCGAACGCGCACGUGCACGAGCGGGAGGGGAGUGGGAGCGGUGCGAGCACGUGCCAGGACUGUGGAAACCAGGCGAAAAAGGAUUGCAGUCACAGGAGGUGCAGGACGUGCUGCAAGAGUAGGGGUUUCGAUUGCGCCACGCACGUGAAGAGCACUUGGGUGCCAGCCGCGCGCCGGAGGGAGCGCCAGCUCAUGGCGGCGACGGCAGCGGUUGGGUCCAGUGGGUCCACUUCCGCCACCAAGAAACCUAGGCUCGUGCCUUCCCAGACCACAACCACUUCGCACACUUCCACGUCUAAUAACACCACCACUCCUCCUAGGAGUUUCGACACUGGUUCGAGCCACCAAGAUGUGAGUUUCAAGGAGUCACUACCUUGCCAAGUGCGUGCACCAGCAGAGUUCAAGUGUGUUCGUGUCACUGCAGUGGAUGAUGGAGAUGAUGAGUAUGCAUAUCAAGCUGUGGUGAAAAUAGGUGGUCACGUGUUCAAAGGGUUUCUCUAUGAUCAAGGGGUUGAAGAUAAAAGUGAGUAUCCUAAUCUAUCUGAAUUGCAUCUCGGUGGUGGUGGAAGUGAUGGUGGUGGUAGAAAUGGGGUUUCUUCUUCAUCUCCAAUGGUGAAUCCUUCUGAUUUCUAUGCAGCUUCUGCUGGAGUGUUACUGGGAAGUUCAUCAAACUAUGGUAAUGCAAUAAAUUAAUGAAACAAACUUAGUUUCAGUAGUAUAAAUGUUUUUAGUGUUAUUUUUAAUCAGAAUAGUUUUAUUUCAAUUUUAUUAUGUGUCAUGAAACAAACUUAGGUUUAGUAGUAUAAAUGUUUUUAGUGUUAUUUUUAAUCAGAAUUGAAGUUUUAUUUCAAUUUUAUUGUGUCACAUGAAAUAUUUUCUGAAUGUCUUGGUAUGUUGUCGAAAUAAAACUUUAAUUCUGAUGAUGAAACAAUGCUAGUAACAAUUAUGCUAGGAUCUAAGUUUUGUUUUAAUUAAAUUAAAUAUUUUUUUCCUAGUGCAACAUAGAGGAGCUAGGAACGUCUGACUUUUUUUUCCUAUAAGAAGUUAAUUCUCUUAUUUUACCAAUAUUGGGGUAUAAACUAAUUAAUAUUAGUAUUCUCUUAUGUUUGUAUUUUAUAACAUAUAUCACUCUCUGCAUUUUCAACUCCUCGGUUUUUGUUCCUUUAAGUGCAAUUUUCUCUCAUGGUUGACUCAUUGCAUGAGCAGAUCAGUGGAUUACAGAGGAGCCACAUCAUGUCAAGAGAAUAGUUUAUGUACUAAAUUAACUCAGAAUUGAAAACCAAAUCUGAAAGGAAUCUUGUUUUACCAAAUUCACUGUUCAAAUUCAAAACCUGAUUUAAUUACAACUAUUACUACUAUUAUGAGGUUGCAAUAAAUCUUUUAACCAAUUUCCAUGUUAUAGCUUGAAUUAAGAUGACACUGACAAAAGUAAUGAAUGUAUAUGUGUAAAUUUAAAUAAUAUUACACUACUGCCGUAUUGCAUUUUGCUUCUGCCCCGUAUU